AUACUGCCGUCGAAGAAGGCGGCGUUACCUAUUACAGUGCCAAUAUGCAGUCGGCAUACUAUCUUACUAGGUCUGGGAAAAUUUUGGAACUCGUGGAAGAUCGACUAGGGAAAUACGCCGCCACUGUCAUGUCGACGAUCAUGUACCUCGGUCAUGCCCAAGUAAGUCACCUCGAGACUCUACCGGAGUUACGACCAGACGCUGGAAAAACAAAUGGCGUCAAUGUAGAACAAGAGAACCCGGCAGAAGAGGAAACGGAAGUGAACGGGGUAAAUGGCGAGCAUUCUUCAGAGCAGCCAGCACUUCUCCACCCGACACUGAAGGCUCUAGCUGGGCAUGGGUAUAUCGUUCGUGUUCGAGAAGCGCACUUUCAAAGCCAUGCUGAUAGUAUCCUGGCUAUUGAACGGCAAAUAAGAGCAGGAGAUUCGGUGCAAAGCCUAAAAGGGAAAAAACUGGAAGAGUAUGUGUUAGAAAAGACAGCUGAAAUGCUCCGAGAAAAGCUGGACGGGGACCUCACUCGUGGAUUGGUCGUCAAUGGAGUACCCCGGGGGGUCAAACGAAAAUACGCCAAUGGAGUUACAGACGAUUUUGAUAGUAAGAACGGGCGAUUUGACUACGACGAUCUCGCAGGUGGAGAGGAAGAAGAAAAUGAAUGGAUGGACGACGAAGUCCCCAUGGAGUCCUCAUUAACGGUCCGCGUGAACUAUGAAAAGCUGGAUGUUGCCCUUCGAAACCGGCGUUUCCUGGAAUUUGCUGAGCGUGGUGCGCCGCCGGAAACAGCACAGAUAUAUGACUACCUUCUCCGUCGCAUCGAGUACCAAACCACCAAAUGUCGGGAUACAGUCGAGAUUCCUCGCGAAGGCGAGGAAGGCGAACAAUACUCAGUGUCCAUUCCCCUGAGCGCCCUCGCCCAAGAUAUCGACCCCUACCUUGACCUCACAGGUUCUCUAGGACCCACAGAAACCUCUACGAACAAUCGACUCGGUAAACGCCCCUUGGAUGACACCGUAAAUGGUGAUGAUGAUAACGACGAUGAUGGCACCAAUGGGAGCCGCACCUUCGAAAUAGACCAACACCUUUGCCUCCUAGCUCAACCACCCCUUAACCUCACCUCCAAGCGUUUGAAUGGCGGCAUAAUAACCUGGACCGUCGAAUUCCGUCACCUAGCCCGCAAACUCCGCCACCUUGAACUCGAGCGCGUCGUCGAAGCCCGCUAUGGCGACGUUGCCCUCCGCGUCCUCCGCGUCCUCCAGGCAAAGGGGAAAUUGGACGAAAAGCGCCUCCAAGAAAUCAGUCUCUUGCCAUUUAAAGACCUCCGCCAGGUCCUAGCAUCCAUGCAAACGGGGGGCUUUGUCGAUCUCCAGGAAGUCCCCCGUGACGCACAACGCCAGCCCUCACGCACCAUCUACCUCUGGUUCUACGAUCCAGACCGCAUCCGCGAUAGUAUUUUGCAGGACACAUAUAAAUCAAUGUCACGCUGCCUGCAACGACUAAGAUUUGAGCGCGGGCGCCUGAAGGAUUUCCUCGAAAAGACGGAACGCAGCGACGUUAAAGGGAAUGAAGAACUGUAUCUUUCCGAGGGAGAAUUGGAGAGGUUGCGUGAAUGGAGAGCGAAAGAAUCGUUGCUGCUUGGGGAAGUUGCGCGGCUAGAUGACAUGGUUGCUGUGGUGCGGGAUUAUUGAGCUGGCAUAGCUUCCUGGAAUUUGGAAU